AAUAAUGUGGUGAUGUAAGAGGUUAUGUUUUUUAAUCAUGGAAAUCGGAAAAUGACAUACUCGUCGCAGUCGAACGUUAUCGCUUUCACCGUACUGUAGUACGGUGUUAAUCUGUGACAGAUCGAGGAGGAAAGUAACGUGAAUAUCUUCGAUGACAUGUGCAAUGUUAAAGCAUGGUUCUCACGCCACGAAAGAUGAAACAGGUUGCCUUUUCCGUGAUUUGUAUAAUAUUAGUGUUAGGAUUUUACAAAACAUUAGUCAAUCCAGAGGAAGAACAAUCUUUCCUUCGAGUUCAUCCACGGGAUCGUAAGUCACAUCUAGGAGACAUAAAUGAAAUUGAAUCUGAGAAGAUUCAAGAGGCUGAUGAAGAUGUACGCUAUCCUGACAUUAAAGAUAUAGAAGAAGCAAAAAUACGAAUUCGUGAAUUAGAGGGUAAACUACAACAUCUUGAGGCUAAAAUUGAGAACAGAGUGUCAAAGGACUUUCCAACAGUCAAAUUUCUCAAUUACAAGAACAGAAAAAGAAUACUGGUUACAGGUGGAGCAGGUUUUGUUGGGUCACAUUUAGUAGACCGUUUAAUGCUUGCUGGCCAUGAACUGAUAGUUGUAGAUAACUUUUUUACUGGAAGAAAACGCAAUGUUGAACAUUGGGUUGGCCAUGAAAACUUUGAGCUUGUUCACCAUGACAUUGUCAGACCCCUUUACUUAGAAGUUGAUGAAAUAUAUCACCUUGCCAGUCCAGCUAGUCCACCUCACUAUAUGCUUAAUCCUGUUAAAACAAUAAAAACAAAUACUUUAGGCACAAUAAACAUAUUAGGUCUUGCAAAAAGAGUAGGUGCAAGAGUCUUAAUAGCUAGUACAUCUGAAGUUUAUGGAGAUCCUAAUGAACAUCCUCAAUCAGAAACUUAUUGGGGACAUGUGAAUCCUAUAGGUCCAAGAGCUUGUUACGAUGAAGGAAAACGUGUCGCCGAAACUUUGAGUUACGCGUACAUGAGACAAGAGGGUGUCUCGGUACGGGUUGCCCGAAUUUUCAAUACUUUCGGGCCUAGAAUGCAUAUGAACGAUGGUCGUGUAGUUUCAAAUUUCAUUCUGCAAGCACUACAGAAUGAUUCAAUUACGAUAUACGGCAGUGGAAAGCAGACACGAUCUUUCCAAUACGUGUCAGACUUAGUCGAUGGAUUAGUCGCUUUAAUGGCGUCUAAUUACUCUCAACCAAUCAAUAUUGGAAAUCCUGUAGAGCGUACGAUAGAAGAGUUUGCUCUUAUAAUCAAAGAUCUAGUUGGUACAAAUAGUAAAAUAGUCGAGCUUGCUGCGGUCGAGGAUGACCCACAAAGAAGAAGACCUGAUAUAAGUAGAGCUAAGAAAUAUUUGAAUUGGGAGCCAAAGGUUCCUUUAGCUGAAGGACUUAAAAAAACUAUAAUGUACUUCGCGAAAGAAUUACAAAGGACGAAACAUUCACAAAAAGCUAGUUUUAAACAAACAUCUUACAAAAACGAUCAUGACAUAGUAGAGCAACUUUAAAGAGAUAAAAUAUCAAUAUGAUUAAUUUAUACACUUGUAAAAAAAAGUGGCUUUGGAAAGUGCCAUUAUGCUAUGGACCACUAUGUGCCAAAAGAUUCCCCGUCCAAAUUGAAUUUUGUAUAAUUUAGAAUAUUAACGGGUACAUGUUUUUAAUUUAAAAAAGCACA